AUGGCGUCUUCCUCCGUCCCUCCCGCCACCGCACCCGCGGCAGCUGGAGGCCCCGGCCCGGGAUUCGGCUUCGCCUCCAAAACCAAGAAGAAGCAUUUCGUGCAGCAGAAAGUGAAGGUGUUCCGGGCCGCCGACCCACUGGUGGGCGUGUUCCUGUGGGGCGUCGCCCACUCGAUCAACGAGCUCAGUCAGGUGCCGCCCCCAGUGAUGCUGCUGCCAGACGACUUUAAAGCCAGCUCCAAGAUCAAGGUCAACAAUCACCUUUUCCAUAGAGAAAAUCUUCCCAGUCAUUUCAAGUUCAAGGAGUAUUGUCCCCAGGUCUUCAGGAACCUGCGAGAUCGGUUUGCCAUUGAUGAUCAUGAUUACUUGGUGUCCCUUACUCGAAGCCCCCCAAGCGAAACCGAAGGCAGUGAUGGCCGCUUCCUUAUCUCCUAUGACCGCACUCUGGUCAUCAAAGAAGUAUCCAGUGAGGACAUCGCGGACAUGCACAGCAACCUCUCCAAUUACCACCAGUACAUAGUGAAGUGUCACGGCAACACCCUUCUGCCCCAGUUCCUGGGCAUGUACCGGGUCAGUGUAGAAAAUGAAGAUAGCUAUAUGCUCGUGAUGCGCAAUAUGUUUAGUCACCGUCUUCCUGUGCAUAGGAAGUAUGACCUCAAGGGCUCUCUGGUAUCCCGGGAAGCCAGCGAUAAGGAAAAGGUUAAAGAACUGCCAACACUGAAGGAUAUGGACUUUCUUAACAAGAACCAGAAAGUGUAUAUUGGUGAAGAAGAGAAGAAAGUGUUCCUGGAAAAGCUGAAGCGAGAUGUGGAGUUUCUAGUGCAGCUGAAGAUCAUGGACUACAGCCUUCUACUGGGCAUCCACGACAUCAUUCGGGGCUCUGAACCGGAGGAAGAGGGGCCUGUGAGGGAGGAGGAGUCAGAGUGGGAUGGGGACUGUAACCUGACUGGACCUCCUGCUCUGGUAGGCUCCUAUGGCACCUCCCCUGAGGGCAUUGGAGGCUACAUUCAUUCCCACCGGCCCCUGGGCCCAGGAGAGUUUGAGUCCUUCAUCGAUGUCUAUGCUAUCCGGAGUGCCGAGGGGGCCCCCCAGAAGGAGGUGUAUUUCAUGGGCCUCAUUGACAUUCUAACACAGUAUGAUGCCAAGAAGAAAGCAGCUCAUGCAGCCAAAACCGUCAAGCAUGGGGCAGGGGCGGAGAUCUCCACUGUCCAUCCUGAGCAGUACGCUAAGCGAUUCCUGGAUUUUAUUUCCAACAUCUUUGCCUAAGUGGCUGCCUGACCGGGGUGAUCGCUGCUUUAUGUUGGAGGUGGCAGGUUCUGAGAGGCUUAGGGGAGCUGGAUUUGGCCAUUACUUCUCUUUGCUAAAUUCAGGCUACAGGCUCCUUCCAUCCAAAUACCUUUGUUCUGGCGGAUAAUGUUUUCCUGUCCCAGAACUACACUGUCCUUUCUCCCCUCAUCCAUCUCUCUGCCCUCCCUCCUUGCUCCCAGUAAGCCCGCCUGCUUCAUUAGAGUGUUAUUGUCAACUCUCCUAAGUGCCUUGAUCUUUGAAAAAUACCUUGUUUCUGUGAAUUAGGAGGAGCUGGGGGCAGGGGCUGUUUGCCAUCUUCAGGGCCUGACUGGACGGUGGAUAUGGCGCACGCAACUGCCCUGGUGCACUUUGCAGUAUGGAAGAAACUGAAUGUGUGGGUUUUGCUGACACCUUUCUGGGGCACUUUGUGGCAUGCAUGCUUCCUUCCUGGUACGCCCUGGGACGGAGGGCUUUCAGGACACUCCAGUGUGGGUGCAGGCAUUCACGUAGGGACAGUCUGGCCUGGAGGUCAGGGGAAUGCUCAGCAGGCUGGUACCUACCUCACAAGGCAGGACCUAAGUGGACUUUUGUGACUAUGCAGAGGAUGGAGAAGGUCCUUGUCAAGCAUUGGCUGUUCCCAUUCUCCUUCCCCACCCUACUUUCACCUCUUCCCAUGAGUCCUGGGUGCCGGAGCCUAGAGGCCAGAGGUGCCCAAGCUUAGGUGCAGGGAGAGCAUAGAGGCUGGGAGGACAGGUCGGAGUGCAGGGUUCAUUCCCUAGUGACACCCUUUCUUCCCAUCUAGUUACUCCCAGGACUUCAUUCUAGCAGAGGGGAAUAAUAGCUCUAUCUGGUCUGUCUCCAUAAUUUUGAGAGGAUAGAGAUCUUGAGUGUGGGAACCUCCCUGUCCCCAGGGCAUGUAUGCCUAGCACUUGCUCCUC